GCCGCCGCAUUCGCAGGCGUCCGCCCACCGCAGAGUCGCCAAUCCCCUCCCGAGAGCCCCCGCCCCGUCGGCUCGUGGAUCUCGCCUCCCGCCGGCGCCGCUGGGUGGGGAUUUCGGUCCCGUGUUUAUUGCUCUGAUUCGGGCCCUGAUUCUCCCCGGAUUGCGUUUCCUUUGAUGGGGCCGCCGCCGCCGCUGCUCCGGCUCCGGGUCUGAUUCUGAUUCUGAUUCUGGUUCGGGCGGAAGGUAGAGAUUGUCGUCUUUUUAUUGAGCCCCCCUGCCUGCCCCUGGUUUCUCCGCCGCUAUUGGAUUGAUUUGGGAUCCGCGAUCGAGAUUGCUCCGUGAAGUUUUUGGUCCUAGGGAUAUUUUUUGACUGGCCCGGAUCAGGAAUAGAGGGUUCUCUUGCUGGGGGGAGGGAGAUCUAGGGUUGCGUCUUCUAUAGUUCUCUUUGUGCAUGUGCAUACUCCAUAGAAGAAAACACCAAAAAAAAGAGGGGGGGAGGAGGAGGAGGAGGAGGAAUUGGAGCAGGAGGAGGAGGAUUGGAGCGCAGGGGAGUUUGGAGGUUAUUAUGGCGCUCAAUUACCCGUCGUGCUCAUUCUUGGUGAGCGACGAGUGCUCUGCCCUGAUGCGGGGGUGUGGAUGCUGGUCGGAGGAGGCCUCGCCCCUCUCGUCCCCAGGGGUCAACUCCAGGCGCUGGGAUGAUUUCGAGCCGGACCCUGCGGAUCUAUUGCCCGCGGAUCCCUUCGGGAUGAACUUGGGGAACACCAUCACUGCAGCCAUCGCCAGUUGCCUUGACCGCACGGUCAUGUCUGGUGCAGGGCGUUUUGUUGGAAGCAGUGACGGCGGCGCGGCUGUUCGUGCCGACUUGAGUUAUUACCUGGACCUGAAUCAUGCUAUUGCGCUCUCCUGGGAGCCACCUUUCCUCCCGGGUGGCUGCAGGCGUGCUUUUGAGGGGCCUUUUGGGUUUGGAGGCCUUUAUGCUGCCGGAGGCGCCAACUGCUCUCAAGGAUUGCCUCCCCUUGCGUCCUGCUCACGGCAAAUUGUACCUGGAGAGGAUCCAUCUACUUCUGGCAGUGCUGCAUUGGUGUGCCGUGAUGGAGUUGAUGCCGUGGGAGCGUCAUGCUCAUGGCCAAUUGUACCCGGAGAGGACCCAUCUCCUUCUGGCAGUGCUGCAUUGGUGUGCCGUGAUGGAGUUGAUACCGUGGGAAGUGCACCGCAUGACGGGAUGAAGUAUGCUCUUGCCUAUCUUGGGCUUCGUGACAUCCUAGCUACAGAGAUGGUGUGCAAGUCUUUGCAUUCAUGGAUCCGCACUCAUUCCUUAGUGUGGAAGUGUAUCCAUGUUGAACCGGUAUUGAGUGGGAAGAUUACUGAUCCUGAUCUUCUACGUCUGACACAGAAGAUUCCAGGUGAUUUGCAGUGUCUAAAUAUAAAUGACUGCAUAAAUAUCACCGACAAUGGUUUGAAUGCUGUUCUCCAAAGCAAUCUGAGGUUAACAAAGUUGAGUAUUGCGCGCUGCCCGCGGUUAACUUUGGAUGGUCUUAUUGCCAAUCUAAAGUCAUUUAAUAUGAAAGCAGUGUCGGGUAUUAAGUGCCUCAGAAUUGACAAAAACUUCAAUUUACCAAAAGAGGAUUACGAGGAGUUAUUAUCCUUGUUGAGCAUCGACAAGAGACAGGAGUUGCACAACCGGGCUCCGCGAUUCCGUCAUUCUAAUCAUUUUUUAUUAGAUUGCAAUGACGGAUAUGCUCUUGAUAUUGAGAUGUGCCCCAUCUGUCAAAGUUACAAACUUGUUUUUGACUGCCCUGAAGCGGAGUGCAGUGACAAGAGAUCUGGCAAGUGCAGAGCAUGUGAGGUUUGCAUCAAGAGAUGCCGGCAGUGUGGAAGGUGCUUAGAACGAAAUGAGAAGUUUGAAGAGAAAUUUGAUCUGGUCUACCUUUGCUACAAGUGUCGAGGCGAUCCGGCUUCACCAUCUCUCGGUGUGGAAAAGGAUCUGGUCUCCAUUUUAUCCAGUGGAAGAAUACCUUCUCCUUGAACAUGGAGGAGCAACAGUCCAUGUCCAGCCAUUCAGCCAUCUUUCUUAGCAUUACUGAUGAAGAAAAAAAAGAAAAAAAAAUAUAGUUUGCUAUUCAUGAAGGUGUGUGGUCGUUUGACAGAUGGUACAUUUGCUUGCAAGAAAAACAAAAAAAGAUGUUACUAAUUCCAGCAGAAAUAAAGGGAUGAUUCCCACUAUUACAGCCUCACCAGCGACAAGGAGGGAUGUUUCUUCAUGGAAUUUGCAGUUCAAGAGUGUAUAGGUACAUGGUGAGAUUGGUGUCGGUGUGUUGCUUGAUGCUGCAUCUUCCUGUGAAGAAGACUGAAGACGAACUUAUUCCUUAGCUUCCAAGUAUAUUAUAUCUGUAUAUGCGUGACAUUGUAAUAGUUUGUCCUGGAUACGUCGUGUCGUAUGACUUGGUAACUUGUUUCAUAGAAAUAAAUAAAUCAAUGACUUCUGACUAUA